CCCGCUGCACAGACUAGACGGCAUACAGUAAGACCAACGUAUAUCAUAGAGGAAAGUGGCUGAGAACGGUCGCCAUAGACUUUAUAGACCCUCAGGCUCCUGGGAAAGCAAGUACCCUCAGUUUACACGUGAUUCUACUCCGUCCCUACCUUCCGAGUCGAUCCUCAGCUCGUACUCUUUCUUGAGAAAUGCCACGGAAAGCUCGUAUCCAUUUUGUUUCUCUUCGGUCUUCCCUCGUCCAUCUUCCCAUAUCGAUUUACGGCCCUCUCCUUGAGCGAAGCAUUCGUCCUCAAACUCUAGCAGUCCACUUGGCAUCCAUACCUUCAGAUCCAAAAUCCCAGAAACAUGAUGCAUUUGUCGGAUGGACUGGAAUGGCUGCCACAUCUUCUCUUGCCCAAUUCAACUCGUUGGAUUCUGGAGAAAAAGGCUUGGAAACGAUAGAAAUUGAUCCCCAGUUCGCUAUGGGGUUGGGAUUCUCUCAGGGAGAUGUUGUGGAAAUAGGCCUGCUAUACGACAUGGCGAGUGCAAAGUCCGUAGGAACAGAACCGCUCACUUCCGAUGAUUGGGAAAUCAUAGAAAUUCAUGCAUCACACGUUGAAUCGACACUAAUCUCACAAGUACGUGUCGCCAAAAUCGGCCAAGAGAUAGACAUUUGGGUUUUAGGAAGGACAAGAGUUCGCCUGAAAGUCGUAUCCCUUGAUCCACAGCCCAAGAAUAAUGCCUUACUCUUGGGUACCAACACUGAAGUAUCGAUAGCGCCUAAGCCACAUAAACGACAAACAAAAGCGGAAUUCUCAGAUCUGCAUGCCCCAAAUGGUGUGGGGCGAGAAACUAAAGAAAAAGCUGUGGAACUCCAUCCCAUCAUCUUACGGGUUUUGCCUUCACGACUUGCCUCCACACCAAGUCCUCUUCACGAUGGACCGGAAGUAUUGGCCUUUAUCUCGCCAUUGACAUUCUCAAAGCUAUUUCCUUCUAUCUCGGACGACGCACAUCAUAAACUCAAGUUCAAAAGAUUGGUUCCGCCAAAUGAUCCCAAUGGAUCGUCUUCUGCCAACGAUACUUCACAGACGGACCCAUCGACGAAGGUGCUAAAACUGGGAGAGAAACUGUCCACCGAGAAAUCUGCUGAAGUUGAUACACUUUAUAUACGUCCAAUGACUGGCGUCAUAAGCGGACACAUCAUAUUUCCAACCCUGCCGAAAGCCGUGGAAGAUUGGGACCUCGUAAGGGUUACCACCGUUUCGGAAGAAGAAAAGUUUAACCCAAAGUACGGGAAUGAGAGUGGUAAGGCGGAAUCUUCGUCUUCACAGCCAAACUUUCUCGCAGGCGUUGAUGAUAUCCUCGAGCGUUGUACGGAUUUCUGUAUGCGGACCAUCGCCAUACAUGCGGGGAAACGAUCCGUACGAGGUGUCCCCUCGCUUCUGGUAACAGGCCGGACAGGCGUAGGCAAGACCUCUAUUAUUAAGAGUGUCGCCAAAGCUCUGCAGGAAAAUCCAAAAUCUUUGACUUAUACAUUGUAUGUGGACGUUGCACCACUUGCAGAGAAGCCUGUCGCUACAGUGAAGAGUCUCUUCAAAUACUGGUUCGACAAGGCGUUUUGGCACAAGCCGACAAUCGUUGUUUUAGAUAAUUUACAUGAAUUGAUCGGGACUGAAUCAGAGCACACUGACUCGUUCCGAACGCGACAUAUAACCGAGCUUUUCCUCUCACUAUUUUCCUCAUCGCAACGGACGGCCGCACCGAACUGCAGAGGAAUUGUCCUUUUAGCGACUGCUCCAUCUGCUGCUGCUCUCCAUCCGCUUAUAAGCACAGCACAUAUCUUUGAAGAGGUAGUCAAUGUGACUCCUCCAAAUAAGGAUGCGAGGCGUGACAUUCUUUCAAGACUAGUACAGAACCACCUCAGUGCUGCAAAGGAACUUCAACAAGACACUGAAUCGCCACUCAACUUCACAUACCUGGCAACACAGACGGAGGGUUAUUCCGCGACCGAUCUGCAAGAUCUCGUUUCCCGGGCGAUUCAUCAGGUGGUGAUGAAGAUGACUAUGGAACAGAAGGAGCCGGUUAUCACCAUGGCAGAUUUUGAGGAAGCCAAAACCGGAUUUGUACCGUUGUCACUACGGGAUAUCAAACUAGAAAAGUCGGACACCUCAUGGAGCGAUAUUGGAGGCCUACAGGAGACGAGGAGGGUCUUACGAGAGACCUUGGAGUGGCCGACCAAAUACGGCCCAAUUUUUGCACAGUCGCCGUUGCGUUUGCGUUCUGGACUGCUUCUAUAUGGAUAUCCUGGAUGCGGGAAGACGUUACUCGCGUCUGCAGUCGCGAAAGAAUGUGGUUUGAACUUCAUAGGCGUCAAAGGACCGGAAAUCCUGAACAAGUAUAUCGGUGAGAGUGAAAAGACUGUGCGAGACAUAUUCGAACGGGCCAGCUCAGCGAAGCCGUGUGUUUUAUUUUUCGACGAGUUUGAUUCAAUCGCUCCGAAGAGAGGGCAUGAUAGUACGGGCGUGACCGAUCGUGUCGUGAAUCAGAUGUUGACACAGAUGGAUGGUGCUGAAGGCUUAGAGGGCGUUUAUGUUUUAGCUGCCACUAGUCGUCCCGACCUCAUCGAUUCUGCGUUGCUUCGGCCAGGUCGACUUGAUAAGUCGCUUUUAUGCAAUAUGCCCGAUUUUGAAGAACGAAAGGAUAUCCUCCAAGCGGUUAGUAGGAAAGUGAAAGUAUCUUCCUCGAUCGAUUUUAGUGAAGUGGCCAAGGCCACAGAAGGGUUUUCUGGCGCCGACCUACAAGCCUUGAUGUACAACGCACAUUUAGAAGUUGUACACGCGUCGAUUGCCGCGGUGUCUUUGGACGCGUCGUCCUCAACGAAUCUUGACCAAGAAGAGCAACCAGUGGAAUUCAGGGUUUUUGGUGGACCAUCUGAUGAGAAGAAAUUAAUGAGCAAAGCGGAGCUUUCAGCUUUGCAGCAACGACUACAACAGAUCCAAAAAUCUACCCAACCUCAGCAGAUGCGGGCCGGAAAAGCAACGCUGAAAACUGCAACGACUGAAAAAAGGGAAAUUACUCAAGAACACAUCAAUCGUGUAUUGAAAUCAACCCGCCCGUCCGUCUCUGCCGAGGAAAGGAGACGAUUAGAUCGAAUAUAUAGCGCCUUCAUUGAUGAUCGUAGUGGAGGAAUGCCAGUACCUCCGGAAGUGGGUGGUAUCGGCAGUCGAGCUUCAUUAGCGUAGACCAUAGAGUACAACAGCAGGAAACGAUCUAUACACAUAUUUAGGACGCUUCAAGUUGUUAUUUGUAUACAAAUCGUAGGAUGCCUUUAUAUAAGAUUAUCUUU